AUGAGGUUCCCCUUCAGACGAAAGGACAAGAAGAAGUCGGAGGCGGCCAGCCCUCCUGAGGCACUGCGCCGCCCUGUUAGCAUCAGCCGGCAGCCUUACUUCCCCCCAAGCCUCAGGUCGAGCCAGCUCGUCGCCGUUCUCCCAGCAAACGUUCUGCAGCGCAUCUUCUUCUUCGUCUGCCCCCAUUCUCUCGAUGAGACGUACGAUGCGUGCGAGGCGAGCGGGAAAGGAGAAGGUUGCAUGCUGUGUGACCUGCGCGACCUGGCCCACUGUUCGAUGGUGAACCGGACCUGGCACGACAAUGCCAUCAAGCUAUUCGUUCGGAUUGACCAAGUCCACUACUGCAAGCUCGAGGCCUGGCUGGCCGAGAGGCGCAAGCAGACGAGAUUUGACCGCAACGCCAUUCCUGAGGACCCGGCGCAGGCAAGGCUCAGGCUUUUCCGCCGCACUGUCCGUGAGGACCCGACCCGCAUCGGUAAGAGGGUCGAGUUCCUCAAGACGCCCUACCAGGUGCGCGAGUACUGCCAGGUGGAGCUGGCCCAGACCAUUGCCGUCCUGCCCAGCCUCAAGUAUGUUGAUCUUCCCGAGGGCAUGUUCUCAGACGAGUCGAGUAGUUCGACGCUCCGAUUUGAAGUCCAAGCCAGAUGCCCCAAUAUCCGCAAGAUGACGUACAACGCAGGCUCGGAGAAGAGCCUGGCAGCGCUGGCUACCGGCCAGGUGUGGCCGCAACUCGAGGUUCUGGAGCUCAAUGGCAUCAGCGUCGACACCAUGACUAUGAGAGCGGUGUUGCACUGUUUGUCAAACCUCCGCGCCCUGAAGAUGACGGACACGGAGAGCAUUUCCGACGAGGUGCUGGCAGCCGCAGCGGGGCCUAUCAUGCCCUCAUUGGAGGAGUUCGUGAUGGAGGGGACUCCUCGGGUGACGGCCGCCGGCCUCAUUGAGUAUCUCGCUUGGCCCGAGACGCAACGCCAGCUCAAGGUCCUCACGUUGACCAAUACCGGCGUUCACCCGCAGAGGCUUUCAGAGGUCUUGACCAUGGCGCCAUAUCUUAAGUCGCUUGGCAUGAAGACCAAGGUCAUUGAAUCCUUUCCACAGCAUGCGGGCAUCCCACUGCUCGCGUCUCCGAAUCUCGAGACGCUGCGCUGGGAGAUUUCCACCGAAUCAGACAAGGAGGUGUACGCAAGCAUGAAGGCCAGCUGGUACACGUACCUCGCCUCAUCCGUGCUCGCAGGGUCUAUGCCUAGGCUGCGCAGACUCUUCGUCCACGAUGAUACCUUCCCCGAGCAGCUUCAGGGGCUCCCCCCUCCCAACGCCGGCUUUGCUGGAGGGCACAUGCGGAACGCGUCUCAGGCUUCCACCCGCAGCGCUCGCAUGCCUAUUCCAGGCCAGCCGAGCACGCCCACGUCCAGCACGUUUGGCAAUCCGUUUGCUGCGCCGUUUGGGACCUCGCCCGGCGUACCCCGUGCGCCGGCCGCCCAUCGCUUCAGUUCCAACAACCCUUUUGCGGCGCAGAUCAAGCCUCCUGCCCCCCUGCCGCUCACCACGCUCGAGAUCUACACCAAGACGGACGAGUACGGUAAAUGGAACUUUAGCAAAGUGGACGCAUUAACCACGGUAGGUCCGGCGCUACGACGUCCCGUCAGCACCUACGGCCUGACGGCAGAUGUGGCCGGAGAGGGCUGGGACCGGGGCGAGGUUCGACGCAGCAUCAUGGUUGGAGACGGCACCGGACUCUUCUUGCCACUGCCUCCUCCGCCGGCCCAGGACGACUUUGGCCGCCGGGGAUCUGGCGUGUCGGACAACUGGCGGCCCUCUAGCAGCGGCGCCGACUCUCUGCGCCCGCCACCUUCUCUUUGGCCUUGA